UAAAUUUCAGUCUACUAUCAACGCCGAGCGUGGAUGAAAGUGCGUGGUACGAUUUUUGGCCGUCGGUUCUUUCGGGGUAAUCUGAUCCUUUCUAGCGCCCCCGCGGACACGCGUAAAUUUUGACCCCUUCGGGUGCUCUCUCUCUCUCUCUCUCUCUCUGUCUCGAUAAGCAAGUGGAAACUGAACCCCGGCGGUUAGAAACUGUCAGUGAGGUCUCCGAGUCGCACUCAAGAUUGCCACCUGUGCUAUCAGCAGUGAAACGGUGAAGUGAACGGAAACCGGCGAGAGGAUUUACGAACGUCAAAUUUUCCACUGGUAAACGGUACCCAAACUUCAUCCGGUUUUUCAGGUCCAAGGGCCUGCCUCCACUCGUCGCCAGUAGCUCGAGGGAAAAUAUAUAAAUUAGUUUGUUUUAUUUGGAAGUCAUUAAUCACGGCGGGAAGCAUCCGCGUGUGCAGUGCGCUGUGCCCUGGCUGCUGCACUGACUUGGCCUCACUCGACUCAUAGCCGUUCCGGUAGGGGGGCUGGCAGUGAUUUACGUGGAUGUUUUGUUCCAAUUUAAAUAGCCGUUGAAACUAGUGGCCGCUUUACCUACGGUCCAGGAAUAGGACAGACCAGACAGCGGCGAACGAGCUGUGCAGCUGUGCUCUUUUCUGGCAGUGUGUAGAAUUGCAACAAAGUGAAAAAUGUUCAUGAGCAAGUGCAUCGUAAUGAAAAUCAGAAAAGAGUAAAAUUUAUGUCCGCUACCUGCUCCAAGUACGUUCGAGGUUAGUUUUGCUUGCUUGUACGGUGCAAACCCGUCCCGUUCAGACAUCAAAUGCUAUCAAAUAUUUGUGAACACGAAGAAUAAAUAAUCAUUGCCAUAUCCAAUAAAAAAAUAAACACAGUACAAUCUGCUGCUCCCGGCCGGGAUUGUGUUUAGUGCAGUCGAUAAAAAUGAAGCUGUUAAAUAAUGUGUGAAAAUCAACAUUUAUUUUUCAUCGCUGGAACCAUAAACCACCAUCAAUCUUCGGCAGCAGCCAUCAUGCAUCGACGGCAAACAACAAACAAAUAACCGAUAGACCGAUAUCGGGAAGAUCUAUUGCCACUUCCCGUCCGAUCCGUUCGAUGGAUGCGCGGCGCGAGUGAUAAAUAAAUUCGCCAUAACAUAAAAUAUAAAAACAUAAUCGUUAUCGCCGGAUAGCACAAGAAAAUCCAAUCUUCCACUCCAUUCAGGCUUCAGUGAAACGGAAUAUGAGAUGUGGCGUUUGCUGGUGCUACUGCAGAUCUUUCUCGUUAAAGAAACAACCUUCGGAAUCAAACUGAUGGAGGUACGAGUGCCCAAACACACCAUCAAGGACCAUCCGGUGCGGCUCGAGUGUCACUACGAGAUGGAAGGCGAAGCGCUCUACUCCGUCAAGUGGUACAAGGAUGGCAACGAAUUCUAUCGCUACGUGCCAAGAGAUAAUCCACCGACUCAGGUUUUCCAGCUCAGCGGAAUCAACGUCGAUUUGCAAAAUUCCACCAACGACCAAGUGGUGUUGGAUCCAAUUGAGCUAUCCUCGAGCGGAAAAUACCGAUGUGAAGUGUCAGCCGAAGCUCCGUCCUUCCAGACCGUGUCCGACCACGGCGAGAUGACUGUCGUAGUUCUGCCUGACGAGGAUCCGCACAUAACGGGUGGCAAGCCCCGCUACCAGAUUGGCGACUACGUACGAGUCAACUGUUCUUCCGGCCGGUCCAAGCCGGCAGUGCACCUGACUUGGUACAUCAAUAGUGAACCGGCCGAUCCGGCACUGGUUCGACAGUACGAACCCGUCGUGUCCGGUUUCGAUAAGCUGGAAACAUCCAUCCUGGGGCUGGAAUUUCGCGUCAAACCAAAGCACUUUAAGCGCGGUGACAUGAAACUAAAGUGCCUCGCAACGAUAUCAACCGUGUACUGGAAGAGCAACGAGGAAAGCGUCGAGGGGGACAAACCACAGAAAGCUCCGAUGCUUGAGUCGCGAAAAGCUGUCUCCUCCAACACUCGGGCAGACCGAGUUCAAGCCAACAGCAGUGCACCCAGUCGAAGCAGCAGUAGUAGCAGUUCACUUCUAGCAGCCCUGCUCGCACUGUCAGUCACACUGCUAACAUCGUUCGCGUCAACGGGAAGUAGCACAAAUCGCCGUAUUUUCGACAGUCAGUUUGCUCUGAGGUAACUAGAAACCGCCGGUAUUUGCUAGGUUAUUUUACAAACAUUGAUUGGAGUACGGAAAUCAAAACCAAAAUUUUAACCUUAAAACUAUGCUAAUCAAAAUGGGCCGAAGUGAGUCAUUAUCCGUGCUGGCCAACUUUUAGGUAAGGUCGCUGUGCGUAAAUCGUUGAAUGAGUACGAUGUGAGAGUAUCCUGUUGUUUUAAAUAAAUAAGCUGUAAGAAAUUUAAAUAAUUCAAACUCAGAUAAAUGUAGAAUCGAAAAAAAAAGAUAGUGAUUGAGAAUAAGGAUAAUAUUUGUGACUGGAUCGCAUAAAUAAAUGAAUAGGAUAACGAUUUAUUUAUAUCUGCAACCAAAACGACGCGUUGAAUUAAUUUCAUUGAAAGUGGCGGGAGCGUUCGAAUUCGCGUCGAAAGUAGCAACAGGCUGGAAACUAAUUAUUUCAUUCAGGCCAAUAUCUUCAUUCCAUUUCGGUUCCGAUACACAAUAGACAGCAGUCGAAAACGAUAUGCUUUUCCUUCAUUUAGUCAAAUAGUAUUAUCAUUUCAACAAAGUCUAUAAAUAGACUUGCUUUGCUAUACUUUGAGCCACCACUCGAACCAUGGGGUGUUUCAGACUGUUCCCUUUUUCAGCCACACGCACAGAAGGCGCACAGUAAACGUGCACGAAAUCAGGAAAUAGGCAUGCCCCGUUCUACCCUACUGCCCCAUUCCCACACCCACCGAAACCGAUUCGUUGUUGUUUCAUUCGAGCACGAUUCAAAAUGUCAAAAUCGGUGCCACACGAACCCUCCUGGUUUCAGAACGCGGGCUCACCAUAAUUCCAGGUAAGCAACCAUGCCCCUCACACAAAUACACGUACGAUACAAAAAAACAUGUCGAGCAGGAUGUCAGAAUGGGAAUCCUAAAAUUAAAUUUGACAUCGUACUGUCGAUAACCGCUUACCGGAUAAAUAUUGAAAACGGUUGCUAAUGGUUGAGCCCACAUCAACGUGAAGUCAAGCCACUAAUAAUCACACAAUAAACCGAACCGCACGUGCAUGUAGAAUCCUUUGAGGUUGCAGGAUAGGACAGGACAAUAGCCAAAACAUGGACCUCAAGCCGGCACGGAGAAUUGAGGUGUGUGGGUGCGGGGGAGAGAUAUUAUCUGUAAAGCCUUUUAUUUUCGUGCAGCUAUGCUACGGUCGAUCGAAACAAAAUGGGUUCAGCGUGGGACGAAUGUUAAGCAAACCAUUUGCACCACCCCUCCCCCACCGGGAUCGGCUGUAUCGGCGUCACGAUCAGUAACAUUUUUGCCACCAUUCAAAAGCAGUAAUCAGCAUCAGCAGUCAGUUAACGAAGAAAAGAGAACGCGAACCGCGUCAAUUUGUUUUUCCGCAUAUCAUCAACGCCACGUGAACCAAAAAAUAUAGCACCAUCGAAGUAGGCUAGGAUGACUGGCUACUGCUUGCCUACUCCUCGUUAUCGAAACAAAUGAUGACGUUAUUUAUUCGACACGGUUUAGGGCUUCCUUAUUUCGAUUUACCGGGGGCGCCUACUACGCUUGCACGUUUUUUUUUGUGCAGUCUGCUUUACAUCGUAAGCGACUGCCGACGAGCUCUCCCGACCAGGUAACCAAAGUUUGGUUCCACACUGUUUAAAUAAGGAUCAUCGUUUUUUUUUUUUCAUUUCUCUUGCUCGAAGACGUUUUCACCAGACCUGGCCCGGACUGAGCUCAAUUCCGUUGAAACCAGCCGAAACCCUGGCUGUUGUUUCAGUCAUUCACACUUCCUGAAUUGGCUGGGCACUGAAGCGUUAAUCGAGUUGUCCUUGAGAAAAUAUGAAUUCUAGGAAAAGAAAAUUAUUGGAAUGAUGAUGUGACUGCCGGAUCGGAAAAGAAAGGUGCGCCGGUUUUCUCCGAAUGAUGAUCGAUAAUUGGUGUAUUUUCGGAUUUUUUUGGUGUUUCUUUUAGAUGGUGAUAAAAUUACAUUAAAUUGGAAAAACUAAUGUUCCAUGAUGCGCCCAACAAUUUUGGAGCUGUUUGAACUUUUGAACGUUUUCCGAAAAGUUUUAAUAAGUUCUCAUCAGCAGCCAGAUCUGAAAGUUUCAAAAAGAGAUUUCGCAUAUUUUCUUAUAUUGCAAUUCUCAUCAAGUUCAAGAAGAAAAUUCUUGAAACUUGAGAAAGAAAAGGAAAAUAAUGUUCUCCUCAACGUUUUCGUCAAAUAACAGUUCUUAUAAUGAUGAAAUUCAGCUAAACUAUAAACUAGUUAUUACGUAGCAGCUAUGGAGGAAUUAUUUGUGCAAUACUAUCCGCAAAAACAGCUGCUUUGCCUUCAUAGAUUUUUAAGGGAUACUACCAAACCGUUCAGAAUACGGAAUGUCAACUUUGAGAAACUAUUGUGAAUUCCUAAACAUUUUUCUGAAAAGUUUUUUACGUUUUUUCCGACAAUUUUCGGAUCCCGGCUCGAAAAAAGGAGUCCUUUUUUGACGCUAUCCAUGAAGCAAUCCAUUUUUCCAACUCUUCGAAGGAUUGAAAAUGUUGAUCUGCCAGGCCGUGUUCCUUCGAACGGAAUAGGUGGAAGUCAGAAGUGGCGUCAUCUGGGGAAUACAGCGGGUGGGGCAAAACCCACCAUUUCAGCGUUUCCAGGUACUUUUUGACCACUUUUGCGACGUGCGGCCGAGCAUUGUCGUGUUGGAGGAUGACUUUGGCAUGUCGCUCUAUAUAUUGUGGCCGCUUUUCUUAUAGCGCGCCACUAAGGCGCAUCAGUUGCGCUCGGUAGCGAUCUCCUGUGAUGGUUUCACCCGGUUUUAAGAGCUCGCAUUUUUUUCGAAUUGCAACAGAAUAGUAAAACUUCCUGCAAAUGGCGAGAAUUGGGCACAUAAACAGUCAUUUUCGAGUGUGAAUAAUACGAAAACAAAAACAACUGUCACUGAAACGGCGAUGACAAUUCGUUAGGCACUAUACAGGGUCCGGCACUCGAAGUGUAACCAAUUAAAAAGGCUAUAAAUUCAGUUUGGAAAAUUACUUUUAUUUAAUUCAAAGUACAAAAAGUGUAAAAAUAAUACAAAAUUCAGAAUCAAUUCACUUUUGCUCGAUAUGACCACCCGAACUAAAAGAUACACCAGUCUCGAGGCGCUGAAAAAAGUUAUUGUCCGCGAGUGGGCCAAAAUACCUGCAAGUCACAUUCGGCCAAACGAAGCAACUCCUUCGCUCUCUCAAGUCAUCAAGUCAAGGUAAAAGGUGGUCAUAUCGAGCAAAAGUGAAUUGAUUCUGAAUUUUGUAUUAUUUUUACACAUUUUGUACUUUGAAUUAAGUAAAAGUAAUUUUCCAAACUGAAUUUAUGGCCUUUUCAAUUGGUUACACUUCGAGUGCCGGGCCCUUUACACACUCACUUUAAAGGCAUUAUUAUCUAUGUAUUUUGACCAGCCUCAGCCGGUACCAGAGCUGCAAAAUCUCACUAUCAACGAGCAACUUUGCGCGACGAAGAUUGGAAAGUUUAUGUCACUGGACUGCUGCCAACCAGGCUCUACCAAUCAUCAUAUAUUGAGUGUCUGAGAGCCGAUCUGUCAUAACUUAAAUUCUCUUGAUAUUAUACUCACCGGGACGCUCAUUGAUUGCCGAUGCGAUUGAUAUAUACGAUAAAAAUUAGACAGCACAAAAAUUGAAAUUUUCAUUUGAACCAAUAAAAAUUGAUUCCGAUGACUUUUUUAAUAGCGUCAUAAAAUUAAUCAAUUUAUAUUUCAGUUCUUUCAUUAUAGGUUUCUUUGAUUCAACAUAAAAUAGCCGAAAUAUUUAGUACUGUUUUAUUUUCAGAUAUUGAAACAUAAUGUUUCUUUACAUCGAAUUUCACUACGUAUUCAAUGAGAGCAUCAAAUUAAUAUUGUGUCGUAAUCCUCCUAGAGGUUCAAUGAAGCCUCACUCGUAAAUGUAAUGAUGCCUUUCUGUGAAAUACUUCAAAAAUCUUGAAACUUUGAAGAAAACUAGUACGUCGGAUUGCAAUGGACCAUCUCCACUAUGUACAAAUUGGGACAGUUUUGAGACCAAUUUGGAAGAUUUAUUACAUUUUACCUAUAUCAGAGCUAAAAAAAGUCAUUUUCAUUGACUGAAAAAUAGACGAAAAUGACAAGAAAUUAUGUUCACUCUCAGCUUCGCUUGCAAACGCUGAGAACGAAAUCCAUGUCCAGUCAAUGACAUAAGCGGGACAGUAGUUUCAAAAUUGUGUUUUUCUUUCAUUUGCCCUUUCAGUCAUUUGCAGUUUUCAGUGAAACUCCCAUAGUAUGCAGUGUCGAUAUUCAACCAAAGCUGUGAGAAUUGAAAACGACAGAAAAAGGUUUCACAAUAAGUUUUAACUGUUGGUGCUAGAAUUUGUAGUAGUAUUGGUUUCCAAAGAAGUUCUGAGAUGUAAUUACUUCGAUUUGCCAUAUUUUUGUCGCUUUUUAUAGCCAAGCGUCACAUUUUUUCAAUACAUCGAUGAAAGAAUGAGAAUUGAAAUUCUGCUGUUGCUACCUGAAGAUGUUAGUUUGGUUUCGUCUUGUCACAGAGGAAAGAAUGACGUUGGCAAUCAUGCUCUCUCAUUUUUUCGAUGAGAAACGACAAUGCUUCGUCUCUCUUCAUUUGUUCUGGUGUCGGUCAUUUACGAAUGAGACAGUAAAACAUUGAACUGCUGAAAUGGUUUCUUUCAUUGAGAAUGCGUGACAAUUUUAAGCUCUGACCUUUAUAUAUAAGAAAAGAAAAAGAAUUGCUAAUCAACUACUGGUCGGAGCCCCAAAGACAAGAUAAAGUUGUGCGUGUGCACUUUUCCACGUAUGGCGCUAACGGAUUACGAUUGGAUUGUUUGGAAGGCCACUGAUCUAGUCCAAAGACCCAAGACUUUCAAUUCUGGAGAUAUAAUCAGAAACCUGCGUAGCUGGCACAGCAAAAACUACCAUGGCUACUUCGUAAAGUUCACGAUGUGUUUGUUUUCUUAAAGUCCAAUGCUUGAACACAUCAUAAUUGAGCGGUUGGCGAGAUUCAGUAACUAGUUCCUCCAUUUGAGUUUUAAAAGAUAAUUCACUCGAAGAGGCAGAUUCCAUUGCUGAAGAACCACCAAAUAAAUCAGUCAUGUAACGGUCCAUAUCCACCAUUUCUGGAAGGACAACUUGCUCUUGAACAAAACUUGCUGCUACUAACUUAGAAAAAGUAUUUGGAUUCAGCCGGUUGAUACGCAUCCACGUUUCAGUUAUAAAACCCUGUAACAUAAUUGUGAAUUUUUUACUAUACAGCAUAGU